AUGCAAUAAAUUACAAGUCUUUAAUGUUAAGAACAUUUUGAAAAAAUAUAAUUUUUAGAUUUAAGAUAAAAAAUAUUAAAAGGAGAAAGAGCUAAAUGUUGUAAAUGCUAAUUAUCCAAUCCCAUUUAUAUUGAAGCAGCUUUUGAAUAAUGGAUUUAAAAAAAACAAAACGAAAUUCAAUAAGUAUAGAAUGAUUAUUUGAGUUACAUUAAUCCACUCAAAUAAUUUUAUGAAUAGAUGAAAUAAAUAAAAAAAUCAUUCUAUUCAAGUUGUGAGCAUAUUAUGAAUCAAAUAGACUAAUUAAUUAAUGGAUUAAAUUUUGAUAAAAUAUCAAGGAUUCAAGAUUUACAAUUAUUUGAUGAAAAUAUAACAUUAUCAACUCUAUAAGAGAUGGCUUAAUUAAUGAGUGAAAAGGCUCCAAUACUUAAAAAAUCCAAAACAGAUAUAAAUCUUUUAGUUAAAUUGAGGCUUUUAAAUGAUUUUAUCAAAUAAGAAAUGAAUUAAUAAAAUAACUUUGUAAUUAAAAUUCUUAAAUAACAGCAAUAAGCAAAAGAAGUAAUUGAAAAUUUUAAAGAAUAAUAUCUUCAAAAUAUUAAAAAAUAUGAAUUUAAAGAAAUUAAAAAUAUUUAUAAUAUUAAAUAAUAUGAAAUUUGUAGAGUUGUUACUUUUAAUAAAGAUGAUAGUAUUACAAUAACAUUUAAUUUACUUAUAAUUUGCAAUUUCAAAUUAAAUUACAGAUUAAAUACCUUAUAUCUCACUUUUAAAAUUUGA